GGGAACGUUAGAGAAACGGAGAGCGAGCGCGCGAACACGAGGGCUGAUCUGAAGUGACGGCAGAGCCUGCUGGGGGUUCCCCGCCAUGGCUGCCUCCACCUUAUCCACCUUGCAACUUUCCUCUCUCCCGAACUACCUCUCGUCCAAACCAUCGAAAUGUCGUUUCAGUUCGCUGCCGAGAAGUGGCUGUAAGCAGAACUCGGUGCCCGUGGUCUGCUCCUCUAAUGGGAGACCGCAGAAGAGCGACGGUGGCGUGAAGCGCGUGGAUCGGUUGUUAGAGGAAAGACGCUGGGAGGAUCUGUCCUCUCGGAUUGCCUCCGGCGAGUUCACCGUCCGGAAAUCGAGGCGGUUUUCGGAGUUGAGGAAGACGCUGGAGAAAUUUGGCGGCCCUGGCCGUUUUCUAGGGGAUGUUGUAUUGAAGCUCAUUGACGACGAUUCUGGAAUACCGGAGGCACGAGGAUCGGUCCAGAGCAUUAGGAAUCAGCCGUUCUUUAUUCCUCUUUAUACAUUGUUUCUGACUUAUGGUGGGAUUUUCAGAUUGGUGUUUGGUCCCAAGUCAUUUAUAAUAGUCUCUGACCCUGCCAUUGCUAAACAUAUAUUGCGGGAUAAUGCCAAGGCUUACUCGAAGGGUAUAUUGGGAGAGAUUCUUGACUUUGUCAUGGGUAAAGGGCUAAUACCAGCUGAUGGAGAGAUAUGGCGGGUUAGAAGACGGGCAAUUGUCCCAGCAUUGCAUAAGAAGUAUGUCGAAGCAAUGAUCGGCCUUUUUGCACAAGCUUCAGACAGGCUCUGUCAGAAGCUAGAUGCUGCUGCUCAAGAUGGAGAGGAUGCAGAAAUGGAAUCACUUUUCUCCAGGUUAACGCUAGAUAUCAUUGGGAAGGCGGUGUUUAAUUAUGACUUUGAUUCUUUAACUAAUGAUACUGGGAUUGUGGAGGCAGUUUAUACUGUUUUACGUGAAGCAGAGAAACGAAGCAUUGCUGUUGUACCAUAUUGGAAAAUACCAAUAUGGAAAGACGUGUCACCUUAUCUUAGGAAGGUUACAGCAGCACUCGCAUUGAUAAAUGACACUCUUGAUGACCUUAUUGCUAUAUGCAAGAGAAUGGUAGAAAAUGAGGAGAAAGAGUUCCACGAGGAGUACAUGAAUGAACAGGACCCUAGCAUUCUGCAUUUCCUAUUGGCAUCGGGAGAUGAUGUCUCCAGCAAGCAACUUCGUGAUGACUUGAUGACCAUGCUUAUUGCUGGGCAUGAGACAUCCGCUGCAGUCUUGACUUGGACAUUUUAUCUUCUAUCUAAAGAGCCUAAUGUCAUGACCAAGCUUCAGACUGAGGUCGACUGUGUAUUGGGGGAUCGCUUUCCAACUAUAGAAGACAUUCAAAACCUGAAGUAUACAACUCGAGUUGUCAAUGAGUCGAUGAGACUGUAUCCACAGCCACCAGUGUUGAUACGUCGUACACUUGAGGAUGAUGAAAUUGGAGACUAUCAAAUCAAGAGGGGGGAGGACAUCUUCAUUUCUGUUUGGAAUCUUCAUCGUUCUCCUCAUAUUUGGAUUGAAGCGGAGAAGUUCAAUCCUGAACGAUGGCCUCUUGAUGGUCCAAAUCCAAAUGAGGUCAAUCAAAACUUCAGUUAUUUGCCUUUUGGUGGAGGCCAACGCAAGUGCAUCGGAGAUGUCUUUGCAUCAUAUGAGGUCAUUGUAGCUGUUGCCAUGCUCGUGCGGAGAUUCAACUUCGAGAUGGCCCCUGGAGCACCUCCUGUGGAGAUGACAACUGGGGCAACCAUUCAUACUACUGAGGGACUGAAGAUGACUGUCACGCGUAGGCCAAAACCCCCUGUAAUACCUUCCUUGGAGCUGCGAACACUGACUGUGGGCCCGGAUCUAACUGAAAUGCCUCGUCCAGAUAAACCUGCAUCUGUUGGUUGAUGUGCAAGCAACAGGGACUUACAGUUCAUGUGCAGGUCAUGGUUCAAGAUGAAAAAUGGUGAUGUACGAGUCCUAAAUGAGAGCUCCAGAGCUCCAUCUUAUGCGUAACUUAGAUUGAGCAGUGAGUAGCUUUGGACUGUUGGUUGGAGAGGGACAGUCUACAUACUUCCCUUUUAACUCCUGCAAGCCAGUUGCAGAAGAACAGGAUCGAGAUGUACCGAGCAUCUGUUCCUGUGUGUACCAUGCUUCCAACCUUCGUGAAGUGCCCCUCUCUCUCUCUCUCUCUCUCUCUCUCUCUCUCUCUCUCUCUCUUUGUGGAAUAGAUUGUGUACAAAAAAAAAAGAGCACCAUAUGGAUACCCAGUUCACUAAGAUGUACAAGUUUUUCCAGUGUGCACCCGCAUAAAAAUUAUUGUCACGUAACGGCCACUGCAAAGUUGAUCA